AUGUAUACGAACAUUCUCCAUUUGUUGUCUGAAACUGACGUUGUAGCUGUGAAGCAGCUUGAUAGAAAUGGAAUGCAAGGAAGUCGAGAAUUCUUCUCUGAGGUUCUCAUGUUAAGUCUGGUUCAACAUCCGAAUCUCGUCAACCUGAUCGGAUAUUGUGCAGACGGGGAUCAAAGAAUUUUAGUUUAUGAAUAUAUGCCUAAUGGAUCUUUGGAAAAUCAUCUACUAGAUUUAGCUCCUGGUGAGCAGCCACUGGAUUGGCAUACAAGGAUGAAAAUAGCUGUAGGAGCAGCCAAGGGACUAGAGUACUUACAUGACUUCGCCGACCCGCCGAUCAUUUUUCGUGACUUUAAAGCGUCGAACAUCUUACUGGAUGAGAGCUUUAAUCCCAAACUUUCCGAUUUCGGACUUGCAAAGUUAGGGCCAACUGAAGGGAAGGAACAUGUAUCAACAAGGGUGAUGGGGACCUAUGGUUAUUGUGCUCCAGAGUAUGCCAUGACAGGGAAGCUGACAACAAAAUCGGAUGUCUAUAGUUUCGGCGUAGUGCUUCUGGAGAUGAUCUCGGGGAGGAGAGCUAUAGAUCUCGAAAGACCGAUCGAAGAACAGAACCUGGUUGCUUGGGCAGAGCCAUUUUUUAAAGAAAAGAAGUUCACAUCGAUGGCCGAUCCCCUGCUCGAAGGGAAUUACCCCUUGAAGGGUCUUUGUCAAGCUCUCGCGGUUGCAGCAAUGUGCCUUCAGGAGGAUGCCGAGACCCGACCAUUGAUCGCGGAUGUCAUAAUGGCCAUCGAGUACCUAGCCAGGCCGAAAGAAAAUGAAAACAUCGAUGCUGAAUCGCAAAUAAACAAUAGUGAGCUGCCGGACUAAAACAAUCAACACCAGAGCCAGAAUCAUCAAAUCUACAAGUCAUUCAUAACAGUACUAGGAUGAUGUUUGUGUAGAAAAAACUGUCAGUCAGUUAGAUAAUUUGAUUUAAGGGGCUGUAAUGGUUCCGGUAGCAUUCGUGUUUCGUGUAUUCGAAACCGUAACCAUUUCUAAGCCGUGUUUUGGUUGAUUCGACGGUAGGAGAA